CUGCGCUUCGGCAAAGUACAAUGGCGCUGUCAUCGUCUACAAUUCUAUCUCCGUUCAGUGUGAACGUAACUACCGACUACCACUCCUCCGCCUCAUCUUCCACCUCUCUUCUUCCUCGCUUCAGCUUCCCCUCCACACCACGCCCCAACCGCCGGCCUCCUUCACCUCUCGUCGUCCUCUCCUCAAAGUCCGGCGAUCGAGCCUGGAACGACGCCAAGCGACAGCUGAUGGAGCAAUACGGCUUCGACCCCGACGCCGCCUUGACUGAGCCCACUCGCAAGGGAAAGAAGAAGAAGAGCAGUAGUGAGCUACAAGAGGCAGCUCAGGCUGAGCCUAGGGUCAAGAGGACCACGCAUAAGUUGCUUCAGGUGCUGGGAGGAAAGGCUCGGAGGAUGAAGUUGCUAUCUCCAAAGGGAAUGGAUGUGAGACCAAUGAUGGAGGUUGUGAAAGGUGCUGCCUUUGAUAUCCUGCAGGCUGCAGGCGGCUGUCCUGCGUCGUUAAGGCCUGGCCGUUGGUUAGACUUGUACAGUGGUACUGGAUCUGUUGGAAUUGAAGCUAUUAGCCGAGGAUGUUCUGAGGUUCAUUUUGUAGAGAUGGAUCCGUGGGUCAUUUCAGAGGUUCUACGUCCAAACUUGGAGUGGACUGGAUUCCUCGAUGUUUCAGUUAUACAUGCUGUGCGUGUUGAAAAGUUCAUUGAACGUGCUGAGAAACUUGCAGGUAAAGAACCAUUCGAUUACAUUAGUGUAACCCCUCCUUAUACACAAGUUGACUAUGCAGUGUUGAUGGAUCAAAUAUCAAAAUCGGCAUUAGUUGGAGAAAAUACCUUUAUAGUGGUUGAGUAUGCGACAAGAACCGACAUGCUUGAUUCAUGUGGAUGUCUUGUGAAGAUAACUGAACGGCGGUUUGGCAGGACACACUUGGUUAUUUAUGGACCAAAGUGGGCCCAGAAGAAGAAGAAGAAAGAAAAGUCACAGCGGGGAGUAGCAGUAGAAGUGUAGAAGCAGACACAAGUCUUCAAAUAGGAGAGAAACUGAAAUCUUGAGCUAAUAUAAUGUUGCAGAGGGGCAAUGACACAUUCUCUAAUCUAAUGCCAUAUUGAGAGAGAGCGGGAAUGAAAUAUCUUCCCCAGAAACUUUAAGUGUUGUUGGAGGCUGGCAGCAGCUUUUUUGCACGGUAACCGUCGGAGGCUUUGCUAGUACACUAGAGUUCUGUAGCUGAUCAACAAUUGUUAGAAGAGAAGUCAAACUUUUUUAUGUUAAAGCUGAGUUUUGUCAAAAAUGUAAGGUAUCUGAAACUGAAUGUGUACAUAUAUCAAUAACAUUAAUUGAGGGUAAAUUUGUGCUGUU